GAUUUUAACUUCCGAAGUGGCAAUGGCUGCGUUCUGGUUUCUGGUUUUGACGCUAUUUGCAGGAGCACAUUCGGCUUCGCCGCCCACUCGUAUUGUGGGUGGUAAGCCCACCGAAAUUGAGAAGUAUCCAAGUAUGGUGCAGGUCGAUUACAUAAACCUUUUUACUGAUAUCUGGUCCCAAUCUUGUGCUGGCUCCAUCCUUACCUCUAGAUAUAUCCUUUCUGCUGCUCAUUGCUUCGCCGGAGGUUUCUACAACCCAAAUUUACGCCGCAUCCGGGCCGGUUCCACUUACCGCAACGCCGGUGGUGUGAUCGUCUACGUUGAAGAUGCCUACAAUCACCCCAGUUACGGAUUACGGGUAUACGACGGUGACAUCACAGUGGUCAAGCUUCGAAGUGCUCUCACUUACACGCCUGUUGUUCAACGUACAACGAUUGUAUCUCAGGGUUCUUUAAUACCUGAUAAUUUUCCUGUCGUGCACGCUGGUUGGGGCAGAACUACGGAUGACGGUAUACCAUCCGAAGUUCUACUUGACGUUACUGUUUUCACUGUCAACAACAAAGUGUGCACUGAUCGUUACGCUGCUAUACCAGACAGUCCCCCUGUCACCGAGAACAUGAUCUGCGCUGGUCUACUCGAUAUUGGUGGACGAGAUGCGUGCGGCGGUGACUCUGGUGGUCCUAUGUAUAUUGGAAAUAUUACAAUUGGUGUUAUCUCUUGGGGAGGUGAAUGUGGAAAUGGUACAUUCCCAGGAGUCAGCACCAAUGUAGCUUCUUACUCUGAUUGGAUAUAUGCUACUGCAGUUUAAAAGUAGUACAAAAUA